UUGACGCGGUUAGGGGAGCAAACAAAUGAGAGAAAGAGCUGUUUUAGGGUUUACAGUGUGAAGGACUGCGACGGACUCUUUCUGGCAUUUUCUUAUUAAGGAGACAUCCUUGUUCAGGUGUCCAACGCUUCAUGAUGGAUCAACAUUAUCUUAUGAGGUUCAUCACGUUCCUUGUGUUGUUUGACGCAAUUGUUUUUUCGGCUCCGCCUGGCCCACCGGGAACAGGAGGCCCGCCAGGCACGGGAGGACCUCCAGGAACAGGUGGCCCACCCGGAACGGGAGGUCCGCCAGGCACGGGAGGACCUCCAGGAACUGGUGGACCCCCAGGAACGGGAGGUCCCCCAGGAACGGGAGGCCCCCCAGGGACAGGAGGCCCCCCAGGAACAGGAGGCCCGCCAGGAACGGGAGGGCCACCAGGAACAGGAGGCCCACCAGGAACGGGAGGACCCCCAGGCACAGGGGGUCCGCCAGGGACUGGGGGCCCACCAGGAACAGGAGGACCCCCAGGGACGGGAGGCCCACCAGGAACAGGAGGCCCACCGGGAACGGGCGGUCCACCAGGCACAGGAGGGCCACGAGGUCCACCAGGAACAGGGGGUCCUCCAGGGACAGGUGGUCCUCCAGGGACAGGUGGACCUCCUGGGACCGGUGGCCCACCAGGAACUGGCGGACCUCCUGGAACAGGCGGGCCUCCAGGGACAGGUGGUCCACCAGGAACCGGGGGUCCACCUGGGACGGGCGGUCCCCCUGCCACAGGUGGCCCACCAGGCACAGGAGGUCCACCGGGGACCGGUGGUCCACCAGGUACUGGAGGCCCACCUGGAACAGGAGGACCACCUGGAACAGGAGGACCACCAGGGACUGGGGGUCCACCGGGAACUGGCGGGCCACCAGGAACAGGUGGUCCACCAGCAACAGGUGGCCCACCAGGCACAGGGGGUCCACCGGGAACUGGAGGGCCACCCGGAACAGGAGGGCCGCGGGGAACAGGAGGGCCACCAGGAACAGGUGGUCCACCAGGAACUGUUGGUAUCCCUGGUCCCCCGGGAACGGGAGGUCCACCUGGAACAGUUGGUAUGCAAGGUGAUACAGGAGAUAAAGGUGCUCGAGGAGGGGCGAAAGGACAAAAAGGGAUGAAGGGUUUCCCUGGUUUACCCGGACAGCAGGGAAAUAAAGGAAGCAAUGGAAUGAAAGGUCAAAAGGGGAUGAUGGGUAUGGCUGCUACCUCAGCCGAGAAGGGCCAAAAAGGCAUGAAAGGAACCGUUAUCAUUUUUAUCGAUGCGCCGACAGCCACGCCUAUUGUGACUGGGGCCCCUACCGCGACGAUGCAAACUGGUGGUAUGCCUGCAAUAACUGGUGCUCCCACUGCAGGCCCUGGCGUAGGUCCAGUUUUCCCACCAGGGUUUCCAGGUGUUGGAACAGGAAAUGUUAUCGUGGUGCCCGGAAUUGGAGUGGUCAACGUUGGGUCUGUGGCUGCAGUAGUUUUAGGCACCGUGCAAACCUUGCAAUCGUUAGUGACUACAAAUCUGGCACAACUUGCAUCUCUGUUAGUUGGUUAUUCUCUUGGGCAACUUACGCCGCUACAGGCAGCACAGUUAGUUCAGCAAGCUCAGUUGUUAUCCAGCGGUCAAAUUCCUGUUCUUCCACCAGGAAUUCCACAGCAGGCGGUGCAAAAUGCUCUUGCAUCCUUGACCGUAGCUUCUGUGUCUUUGGCCUUCCAGAGAUUCCUUGCUUUGCCGGGCAAUGCUUUAUCAGAUAGGAUACUUAUUCAACAACUUGUUGGAAAUGGUGUAAACCCAAACGUUGCCCUUGAGAUUGUCACUGUGUCGAGACGACAGUUUGAACAACAGCGGAGACAACAGCUGAUACAGCUGCUGGCACAGCAGCAAGGGUUGGGACAGGCGUCUUUGUUGGGGGUAGCCACUCGCCGUAUUGCCGCUGCUCAGCUUGGUAGUCAACUGCUUAACCUGCAAUUCUUGCCUGGUUUGAACAACCCUACAGUUGCAAACCUGUUUAUUCAGCGUGGCUUUACUCAGAAUGCGUUCAACCAAAUUCAAUCGGCUAGCCUUCUUUUAAGAAAUGUCCCAGUUCGGCCACCAACCUUAAGUCCAUUCCAGAUCUUUCUGGCUAACCAGGCUAUUGAAAGAAUAGUUCCUCGAACCUCGCCCUUUACCCUUGCCGUGAGACAGACUGUUCCUCAACUACAGGUCGCUCUGCGUUUGCUCCAACCCAACUUAGUACUGUCAGGCUACGAACUUGUUCUGCAAACAGCCAUACCAGCUCUGGAUGUCCUUAGUCUUUUCGCCAGUGCGAAUAUACCUUCCGUUACCUCCGCGAACCUGCUGUCUUCUUUUCUUCUGUCCGUUGCCCCUCCAUCAGUUCCACUAAGUAGCAUCAUAGACCUGACUAGAGAUGUUGGAUUGGUUGUCAACAAUGCUCCAUCAUUUGGAAUCCAGCCAGGGUUUGGACAACCAGGCCGGGUGCCCAACACUCCUGCAUUCUCAUUUUUAAAGCAAUUGGAAACAGACAUACUAGAGCUGACCAAACGCGAGAGUCCAUAUAAAGCAACGGUCAAGGCAAUGAUUGGUGGCUUGAUAAGCAUGUCAACCGUUACUGUCCUCCUCGUCAUCGGUCUGACGGCCAUUGGGGUCUUGAUCUGGCGUAACAAAUCGCGAAAAGAACUGGACGCAAUUGCAGAUACAAAGCCGCUGGUGGACUGUGACGCCACUUCGAGAGUAACGUCAUUGAUAUAGAAUUAUCAACUUUUCGAUGGAAAUUCCGCUGCUUGAAUAUGAGUUUUGAUUAUUCGGUUCUUAUGUUUUCCGUCAAAUGGGUGAAAUGUGGGUCAAACUAGCCCAAAAUAUGAAAAUGAAACUGAGAGAAGAGAGGAAAGCCAAAGCAGAACAUGAAGGCCAAGAACAUAUGCCGUACUUUUAAAAACUCAUUCGGAAAAGACAGAACAAUCAUGCCAUUCAUUCUUAGCAUCCAUAACCGUAUUCGUAGAGAUAAAUAAAGUAAAUGAAAUAUUAACUGUACAAUUCUUACAUAUACGAGAAAAGUGCUAUUUUGUCAUGAUGACAGAACAUGGGAAAUAUGUCAAUAAAUGUAA